CAGGGGCGCGCAUAGGGGAGGAGGCGGCGAAGGAGGGGGGAAAGUGUUACGUGGUGACGUUAAUUCUAUAUGAGCGCGAGCGGCGGGAGCUUGGGUCUUUUUACCGCCAGCCGCGCGGCGCUUCUUCCUCGCUCCUGAGUCACUGCGAGACCCGGCCUCGCGCAGACUUUUUCCAAGAUCUAGAAAAAUGGCAGACAUUGACAACAAAGAACAGGCUGAACUUGACCAGCAAGAUGAAGAUGUUGAAGAAGUAGAAGAAGAAGAAACUGGAGAGGAUGCCAACAGCAAAGCUCGUCAGCUGACUGUACAAAUGAUGCAGAAUCCACAGAUCCUUGCAGCUCUUCAGGAAAGACUUGAUGGCCUGGUUGGAACACCAACAGGAUAUAUAGAAAGCUUGCCUAAAGUAGUAAAGAGACGUGUGAAUGCACUCAAGAAUCUUCAAGUUAAAUGUGCACAGAUAGAAGCAAAGUUCUAUGAAGAAGUUCAUGAAUUGGAAAGAAAAUAUGCUGCUCUUUAUCAGCCUUUGUUUGACAAGAGGAGUGAAAUCAUCAAUGCAGUUUAUGAACCUACUGAGGAGGAAUGUGAAUGGAAAACAGAUGUCGAAGAAGAGAUUUCAGAGGAAAUGAAAGAGAAGGCCAAGCUUGAAGAAGAGAAAAAAGAUGAAGAAAAAGAUGAUCCUAAAGGAAUUCCUGAAUUUUGGUUGACUGUAUUCAAGAAUGUUGAUUUGCUCAGUGAUAUGGUUCAGGAACACGAUGAACCUAUUCUGAAAAACUUGAAAGAUAUCAAAGUGAAGUUUUCAGAGGCUGGGCAGCCAAUGACAUUUACAUUAGAAUUCCACUUUGAACCUAAUGAAUAUUUCACAAAUGAAGUGCUGACAAAAACAUACAGAAUGAGAUCAGAACCAGAUGAUUCUGAUCCUUUCUCCUUCGAUGGACCAGAAAUUAUGGGUUGUACAGGGUGCCAAAUAGACUGGAAAAAGGGGAAGAACGUUACUUUGAAAACCAUCAAAAAGAAACAGAAGCACAAGGGACGUGGAACAGUUAGAACAGUGACAAAAACGGUUUCCAAUGACUCUUUCUUCAACUUUUUCUCUCCUCCUGAAGUUCCAGAAAGUGGAGAUUUGGAUGAUGAUUCUGAAGCAAUUCUUGCAGCUGAUUUUGAAAUUGGUCACUUUCUACGCGAGCGCAUAGUUCCACGAUCAGUAUUGUAUUUCACAGGAGAAGCCAUUGAAGAUGAUGAUGAUGAUUAUGAUGAAGAGGGUGAGGAGGCAGAUGAUGAGGAAGGGGAAGAGGAAGCAGAUGAAGAAAAUGAUCCCGAUUAUGACCCUAAAAAGGAUCAAAACCCAGCAGAAUGCAAGCAGCAGUGAAACAGUGUGUAUGUGGCCUUGAGGAUUAUCUGCACUGUAAUAGCCUAAACACAACUAUUAGUUACUUACAGCCUUAUGUUUUGUAUCUUGGUAGAAUUAAGUGAACAUUUUGUUAAAACAAACUGACAGAACCAGUUUAAAAUGUAGGUUCCUUGUACCUAGCAUUUUAAUAGUACUUUUCUGCCAAUAUGUAGAAUGCAGUAAAUCCCUAAAGCAUGAAUAGUUAAUUCAUUGCUAUAUAUAGUUUGGUUCUUGUGAAGUCUGUUGUCAUGUAGCUAUUAGACUGCAGCUGUGAAGAUACCAGAACUGUUGACGGAGACCAAUAUUUGUUUAGAGAAGAUCCUUUCCUGAAGAACCAACCAAAGUAUUUUUCAGCCCAGUAGUUGAAAUGGGUGUAAUUCUGCUUGCACUAGCUGUGCCUUCAUUACUUUGUUAUAGAAAUGGCAGUGACUUGUACUAAUUAGGAGAUGGAUGCAUUUUUGAAUUUGAUUAUAUCCAUAUAAUCUGUUAAUAUCCAUCAAGACCACACUGAACAUUCAUAACUGUCUGCUUGUUUAUGCUCUAGGUUUUUGUAUUUUGUGACAGUGACCUACAAAACAAAACAAAAAAAUCAAAAACAAAAAUCAAAAACAAAACAACACUAGAGACAUCAUAAUAAGGUUGUUUAUCACUGGGGUGUGAAUAAACCUAGUAUUUUCAGAAACUAGUUGUGUCCCUGGGUAAAUAUAUUUUUCUGGUUUUAUCAAUAACAAAAAUAGGCUUGAGAGCUGUGGGGAGUACUGUUAAACAGGCAUCCAGGAGUACCUGGCCAAAUCAUGGAAAUGCCUGCAGUGGUUAUGUCCUUGCACCAUUCACGUUAAUACUUGUAAGCCUUGCAUAAAUGAUUUCAGAGGGCUUUCCAAUAGGUUUCUAGUGUUGCUCCCCCCCCCC